UGAGAUUACUUGACUGACACUUGUUCUCUUAACUCACCUGAUUCCUUAACCUUUCAUCAAAUCUUCAGAACCCUACAAAAACCAAACCCACACUCUCUCAUCUUCCAACAAUGGCUACUUUGGAUGAAACUCCUGCUGCUAAGAGGUGGCUUCCUCUCGAAGCUAACCCCGAUGUCAUGAACCAGUUCCUAUGGGGCCUUGGUGUUCCUGAUACUGAGGCAGAAUGCUACGAUGUUUAUGGGUUCGAUCAAGAACUCUUAGAAAUGGUCCCAAAGCCUGUACUGGCCGUGCUAUUCCUUUAUCCUAUAACCUCACAGAGUGAAGAAGAGAGAAUGCUACAGGCAAAUGAAAUAAAGGAACCUCAUGGUAAAGUUUAUUUUAUGAAACAAACUGUGGGAAAUGCUUGUGGAACCAUUGGACUUCUGCAUGCUGUUGCCAAUAUCACCUCAGAGAUCAAGCUUAAUGAUGGAUCUUUUUUAGACAAGUUUUACAAAUCUACUGCUAGCAUGGAUCCAUUAGAGCGAGCACGAUAUCUUGAGAAUGACAGAGAAAUGGAAGUUGCCCAUUCCAUAGCUGCAACUGCUGGUGAGACAGAGGCUUCCGAUAAUGUGAACACUCAUUUUAUCUGCUUCACAUGUGUGGAUGGUGUUCUGUAUGAGCUUGACGGAAGAAAGACCGGACCAAUAUCUCAUGGGGCCUCUUCCCCAAGCACUCUUUUGCAGGAUGCUGCUAAAGUCAUACAAGGCAUGAUACAGAAAAAUCCCGACUCACUCGACUUUAAUGUCAUUGCCCUUUCGAAGAAAUCUUGCUAAAGUUGCUACUGCGAGAUCAUCCGAGCGCCACAUGAACGGUAUAAAAUUUUAGUGAUGUAACUGUGCUCAAGAUAGUUGUUUAGGUCACUCUAUCUAGUUGUUUUGUGGGUUCAAUACUAGAAUGUUUAUCAUUCCGAAGCUUAUGGAUUUAUUGGCAUGAGCUAAUACAAGUGUGUUGGUUUAGAUGGUAGGUACACAACUAUCUUUAGGGGACAUAAUAUAAUAAAGGUAAUUGGGUUGAAUAGUUUUUCGUUUA